AAAAACAUCGCCAUUUUGCGGCUGCGCAGAGAUGUUCCUUGUCUAAUUACAAAAUUUCUUGACAAGGUUAUGUCUCUUACUGCAUCAUACCGCAAUCAUGCCGCCUAAGAAGGAUACAAAGGGCUCAUCAAAGCAGCCCCAAAAAACACAAAAGAAAAAGGAAGGAGGAUCCGGUGGCAAGGCCAAGAAGAAGAAGUGGUCCAAAGGAAAAACACGUGAUAAGCUUAACAAUGCCGUUCUUUUUGAUAAAGGCACAUAUGAUAAACUUGUCAAAGAAGUACCACAAUACAAAUUGAUCACUCCAUCAAUUGUAAGUGAACGUUUGAAGAUCCGUGGAUCACUUGCUAGACGUGCCCUUAUUGAGCUCCAACAUAAAGGACUCAUUAAACAAGUUGUACAACAUUCUGCCCAACUUAUCUACACCCGUACAACCAAAGGUGAUGAUCCAGCUGCAUAAAUAAAUAUUGAAUAAGGCUUUCUUCACACCUCUUCUUGUGGUUUGAGUCAGCUUUUUAAUAUAAAUAAAACAGAAAAAACUGA